CACAACAGUGAGGUUCGAGGCGCCAAGAAGAAACCCGAAAAGACUAUGAAACAAAACCACUGCAGGAUCUGAUCUUUGGACUUGGGUGUCCAUCAUACCCACAGAAGAUGUGGUCUUUAAACAUCAUUAUUCUCCUGCUCUUCUGCUACGCUCGUCUCUCCAGCGGCGACGGCAAAGUGCGCUUUAGCUCCAAGAACUUUUACAACAUCCUCCGAUGGGAGCCCGCCCAGCCCUCCUUCCCCGGAGAAAAGAUCCUCUACAGCGUCUUGUAUAGAAGAUACGUGGAUAACCACCCUUUCCAGAAAAAAAGCGAGUGUCACAACAUCAGCUGUCUCUACUGCAACCUGACGGCGGAGACCCCUUCGGUCCCUCAUGUUCAGUACCAAGCUCAGGUCAGCGCCAACGGGCGUCUUCACGGCUGCACCACCCGGCUGAAUCCCAUCGCACACACCAUUUUGGGUAAACCCGUCCUGUCUCCGUGCGCAAGCGCGUCGUCUUUGAACAUCAGCGCCACACUUCCACUUGGACCCAACGGAACCUCCGUCGGAGACAUCAUUAAGGGCAGUAAGAAUGGGCCCGUCAGACCAGCGAUUGAAUACACCUUAAACCUCACGUCCCCAGCGUGGGCCGCACAGGUGAUUCACAGCAAAUCCGGCAACUUUGUCAUCAAUUUAUAUAGCAAAUCCCGCACUGAGAAGUACUGCGGCUACGUGGUCUACAAGCCGUCCUGUGAGUUGGGUCGCCCGGAGAGUGAGAUGGCCGACUUCUGUGAAACGCUAGCAUAUGACCAGGGCCACAUUCUGCUGUGGCUCCUCCCCACUGGCGCUCUGCUGGCGGCCGUUGUCACCGCGUCAGUCGGGGCUCUGUGCUUCUACGUGAGGGCUGUCAACAAAGGAAAGUUGCCACGCUCACUGGAGAGAUAUACUCCCACCACGUUGUCAAACGUCGGGCAUCCUGCAGAGAUGAAUGACUUCAUUUCAAAAGCGAUGGUCUGCACCCAAAUUGAACAAAUAGACUUGGAUAAGUGCGCUGGCAUCAGGCCAGGGCCGGAUGGGCCUUUCGUCGGACCUGGAGGCUAUUCCCCACAGGAAGUCCCGAGCCAAGCUUGGCCAUGCAGCGUUAGCUCUUUAGCGGAGAGGCCAAAUCGUCAGGACUUGAGCUCCCAGUGUUCGGUCAUCUACAGUUCAGUGGCCCGGGCUGUUCUGACAGAAGACAAGGAGCUAGCGAGCGUGGUCCUGGAGGACGGUGCAAACCCAUUGCUUCCCCGGGACUUCCAAAGCCCAGCUGACGUGGAGGUUUGCGAUGACCGUGGAGACGGGCCGCUGCUGUUGCAAACAGUGCGUGACGCCAAUGGACGACUCCAGUUGCCUUCGCUCGCGCUACAGUUGGAGAGCAACACAGCAGAACACCCUGAACCUGACAGAAAACCCCUUUUGUCUGACCUCCUGGUCUCCACGGACGGAUCAUUGUCAACGUUCUUGCAGCGCUCAGAGUCAACAGACUCUGGCUGUGAAGAUGGUACUUUAAACACGGCCGACCUGCCAUACGGCCACCCUGCACACUCGUCUUACCCUCGGAGAACACCGCUGUGUUUCUUCCCGAGCAAGAAGGUAGCAUCCAGUGGUGUGCAUCAGUCAGGCUACACACAGAACGGGCUGCCUUCUUUGCAGGACUGCCAAAUAAGAAACUCUGCUGGGACUCAGCCUAAAGACAUCGAGGACAACGGAUCGGACGAUGGAAUAUUUCUCAAAGGUUGGGGGUUACAAAUACAGGAGUAAUCUGACUUAAUUUGUGCUUUUCCAUUACCUGCCCAUCCAAUGAGUUGUUUUUAAAAAAGUGACAGAUUCGUAGCGAUACUGCUUAGGUAACAAUUAAUGCACUUUUGUUUGUAGCAAAGAUAUUUUUAUAUAUGUAAGUAAAGUUUGACACAAAUGAAGAUUUGCAAGCUGAGAACCUCAAACAAUGUAUUCAUGUUAUUUGUAUUUAUUAUUUCCUGCUUUAAUGUGAUUGCAAGGCAGGCAAAUAAGCGACAUCUACAGCCCGUCCGGAAAGUAUUCAUAGCGCUUCACUUUUUCCUGCACAUCCUAUGUUACAGACUUAUUCCAAAAUCAAUUUAAUUUUGUCCUUAACAUUCUAAAGGCAAUACUCCAUAAUGUAAACGAUAAUUUUGCAAAUGUGUUA